AAUGCGCCUGUGCCAAAAGUGAAAGGAACUUAGCGGGCUUUUUGACUACUUUCACUUUGUUGAAAUCAUCGGACGUAGCAGAUUUUGCUGCAGAAGACCAUGGAAGAAGACCAAGAAAGUAUGCUUAAAAAGCUCACACAGAUGAAAAAAGAAUAUGCCAGAAAACAGAAGAAACUUGAGAAAUCUAUUCGAAAAUCCAAAGCAAAGGCUCAUGUUAAACAAAUUCUACAAGAACAGGAAAUCGUUCAUAAAACAGAGAAAGAGUGUGAACAUUUCAAAGAUAUUAAAAGAGUGUCUGGAGAACUCCAUACAAAUGAUGAUCAGUGUGGCCAUUCCUCAAAGACAAAAGGUGACUCAAAAACAGACUUAAAUUUACCGAAAAGUCAUUUGCUCAAAACACCAGUUUUAUCAGAAAAUUUGGACCUAGGUGAUUUUGUCAUUGAGAAGACCUCACAAAGUAAAGAGGAUGGUGGUUUGACAGUUGGACCAUGUGGAGACUCCGAACAAAGUGCUUCAUCUCGAAAUCUUCCUUCAUCAUCUGAGUCUAGUGGCAAGAGAACUUUGUCUCUCAAAGCAAGGCGAAGAAAGACUUUGAGCCCAAAUACUUUUUCAAACAAAAGGAAGUCGUCGCCAAUUGAGACAAAUCCAACAAAGGCGGUUGUGAAUUCCAUUCUUAUUCCUGAUGAUGAAGAGCAGAAGAUUAAAGAUGAUAAUAGCUAUGAUAUUGGGGACAAAAGUGUAGCCCCCAUGGUACAUGAGAACAGUUCCGAAAUAUAUCUUAAAUCAAGCAAUGAGUCCAGAGUAAUAGAAAAGCCCAAACCUUUUGAAAGUGAAUCAUCAACAGAAUUGUUAACCUCAUCUCGUGAAGGCUGUGAAAAAAUCAAAACCAAGAGAAGAAGAGGAAGAAAACCUCGUAGAUAUCAAAGACAAUCACUUCCUGGCCCAGCCAUUCCUGUUGUGAAUUCCUCUGAAUCACAGGGCAGUCAAGAACUGGAAACGCUGAUGUUAGUCCAGGAGAGUUUAGGAUUGUGUAGUCGUAGAGGGAGAAGAAAGACCAGGCAUUCUGACUCCCAUCAGCCUAUUCUUCUCUCUUCAGUUUUCCAGUUCAUCAUUGAUGAUGCAAAGAGAGCACAAGGGGAGAAAGAUUUUGUGUUGCCAACACACACAUUUCAUAACCUUAUGGAGACUAAAUGUUUGCAUAAAAUCAGUAGUGAAGGUGUGUAUGUAGAUAAUAAUGUUGAGAAUGAAAAGAAUCUGGAGAAGGAAAUUUCUGUAGAAAAGAAAACAAUGCAUGUUGUAGAGCAAAUGCCAUCUUCUGUUGUUUCACAUUCCACACAAACCUUUCAUGAUGGCAAGGAAAAAGAAAAAUGGAAAGAAGAAGUAAAUCUAAUCGCAAAAAAUGGACUGAGUGUUGAGCAAGAUGUUGAAAAAUCUAAUUCUGUGUUGCCAGCUCUAGUCAUUAAAGCCAAUUCUUCACCAUCAGGUGCACUGAAUUUGAAAAAGGGAAAUAACUCAGGCUUAGAUAGCAUUUCAGGGUCAGUCUCUAAGGAUUCUUACAAAGAAAUAUUUGCUUCGAAAGAUACCCAAAUGGAUGUAGAUUUCAAUGGAGAGGUAAAUGUAAAAAGCAACAGUGAUGGAAUUGAGGAUACUACACAUGGCUCUGAGAUUUUUGAUCAACCAGUUUGCCCAGAUGAUGGACAGCUGGAAAGUGAGCUCAACAACAGUCUUGGAUCUGACCAGCAAACAGAGAGUGAUGAUGAAAACUUUGGAGACAUCCUUAAAGAAAGAAUGGCAACUCAGGUAUUGCAGAUCUGGCAGGUUGUGUCAGGCAUCUUUGCUUACCAAUUACAGUUUCCUGCAGAUGACCCAGUGAUACAGAGUCACAUUGCAGUUGUUCUACUGAAUAAGAAGAGAACAGAGGUGGUGGUUUGUCUAUGUAAAAAGUCCGUGUCUCUGUGGGCAUUACAUAGUGACCAGUUCAGCUGCCUUCAGAAGUGGUCAUUUCCUGAGGAACUAACAGCAUUGUGUGGAGAUUUAAUGCUUCCGAAGUCAUCUGAAGUCCGAUUUACAGCCAUUUUAAGAAACUCCACUUUGAUCCAAUUAUAUUCUGCAGUAUUCCAGGAGAACCAAGCAUUCCCAUUGUUUAAAAUCACUGAUUUUUCAGCUCCGUGCCAGCAGAUGCAUGUAUGUGCUGUGGAAUUUAAUGAACUUGUAAUUUCUCACUGCGAAUCUGCCAACUUGAUCAAACUGACCAAAUACAUAAUGGAUUCUGAAGUAAAGACAUUGUCAAGAACCAUAACUCUGGAGGAGACAACUGGUAUCUUGGAUAAUGUGUGUCGUAUCCAUGGGCAGCAUGAAGCAGUGGUGGGAUACACAAAAGAGGGUCUUCUUCAUAUUUGGAAUCAUGGAAUAGGAGCUCUUGUUUUGACAGUAAAUUUAGCUGUGUAUUGGCCACAUUCCUCUCAUUUGGUCACUGUCUUCCAAGAAAAGGGGUACCUGUUUUGUCCUCUGAUGGCAAUAUCAGACUGUUUCCUGGCAGGGUGUAUGAUGCUGGUGAACCCCACAAAUUGUCAAACCAAAGUCCUGUUUCCAUUCAACAGCAGAAAGUGGAAAGGGUGUAGUACGGCUUUUCACAUGGAAGAUUACAUAGCAGCAGUGAAUAAAACUGGUUCUCUACAUAUCUGGGACAAAUUCAGUGGUGAAAUGGUGUCCUGCAUGGAGAACACAGAUGUCAUAGGAUUGUGUAAUCGUAGAAAUAACAUUAUAUUAAGCAGAUCGUAUUGUAUACAUUGUUUUACAUUAAAGUGAAUCACUUUA